AUGGCGGCAUUACGUUUUUUUGGAGAUGCUUUCCGGCCUCCACCUUUUCCGCCUGUAACUCCACGACCUCCUUUCCCCGCCCGGAAGAUGUCGAUGCUCUUGUCAUCUUCUCCACCUUUUAUGUCUUUGAUUGUAAGCUCUGCUCUCGUCGAUGGAUCGAGUUUCUGGGAGUCCAAUGAGAUGGGGAAGCAGAGAAAGACGAGGAAGAGGAAGAACAAUGCAACAGAUACUGUCCCCAUUGCUGGUCUGAGCUUUGUGGAUUUGAGAUGUGACUGUUAUGAAGCUAACAGUGUGUAUAUUUAUAUAUGUAUGUGGGGUGGGCCAAGACAGAACUUGUUGUGA